AACAUUUUAUCAAUGUGAAAAUCUUUUUUCUUAUUACAACUACCCUAAUCUAAUCUAUUCAUCUGUUUUUUGUUUUUGUUUGUUACAUAUUUUGAUUUAUUUUUGAAAACAAAAAUUUCCUGUUAUUGAAUCAUCAAAUCAUCAAAGAUUAUCAUAAUGUCGACAAAUAAUAAUAAGUCAUUGAGUCGAAUUCCAUCAUCGACCAGUUCGAUUGGCCUAAUGAAAAUGAAAUCAAAACAAUUAGGUAGUAAUGAAAGUAUUUCAUCAAAUGCUAGUUCAACUAUUGCUACGGCCACUACUACAAAAUCAAAAAUUCCUAAUUCAUCAAUACCAAAAGCAAAAUCAUCAUUAUCAUCAAAUGAUUCAUUAGUUGAUGAUUUUCAUCUGGAUGAAAAAGUAUGGGUUAAUGGUCAACGACCUGGUAUUAUUAGAUUUAUUGGUGAAACAAAAUUUGCUAAUGGUAAAUGGAUUGGUGUACAAUUAACAUCACCGGAUGGUAAAAAUGAUGGCUCAGUAUCCGGUAUUAGAUAUUUUAAUUGUCCAAAUAAUUGUGGUGUAUUUGUAAAGCCACAAAGAUUAACAAAAGCACCUAUGCCUGAUUCUGUUUUUCAAAAACGAUUAACCUCACCUGCACGUGAUACGAAUAAUGGAACAACAAUGAUGAUGAUGCCAAUUUCAACAACAAAUGGAAACAGUAACAAUAAUAAUAACAAUAAUAAUAAUGAAACAUCAUCAGAAAAAUCAUUCAACACUCAACAAUCGGAUAUUGCAUCAAAUCAAAGUAUUUUAUUAAAAAAUUCUCCAUUUCUUCAACAUACAACCGGUUCAUCAGUGAAUGGAAAAUCAACACGCCAUAAUGGACUUGGUAUUGGUGAUCGUGUAUUGGUUAAUGCAAGUUCAGGAACAAAACUUGGAACAUUACGUUUUUUAGGUGAAACAGAUUUUUCAGCCGGACAAUGGGCUGGUAUUGAAUUGGAUGAUCCUUUAGGUAAAAAUGAUGGUUCUGUUGCUGGUAAACGAUAUUUUGAAUGUAAAAUGAAAUAUGGUUUAUUUGCACCUUUACAUAAAAUUUCACCUGCUCCAUUAAGUGCAUUGAAUAAACCGAAUGAUACACAAAGUAAACGAAAAGGACCUGGAUCAAAACUUGGUUCUACAUCACGUUUAUCUCGUUGUGGUAGUCAAGAAUCGGUUAGUUCGAUUGCAUCUUCGGUUGCAUCAUCAACAGCAACUGGUCGUCUUAGUCGAACAGGUAUUCGGUUAGGUGUAACAUCAUUAAAAUCACCACCAACAACUAAUGGUAGCAACACUGGAGCAUCUCCAGGAUCUAAAUCAAUUACAGCAGCAGUUGUUGCUGGUACUGGUGCAGCUAUAUUAGAUGCAUUAAAAGAAAAAGAUGAACAUAUUGCUCAAUUACUUAAAGAACGUGAUUUAGAACGUGGUGAAUUUUCACGUGUUGCAUUACAAGCAGAUGAACUUGAAGAACGUUUAAUAACAUUACAAGCAGAAAAUGCACGUAUUGCUAACGAAGCUGAUGAAGAAAUGUCUGAAUUGAAACGACUUAAUCAAGAAUAUGAAGAAAUUCAAUUAAAAUUAUCGAAUCAAUUGGAUGAAGAACGUCGUCGUUUAGAAGAUAUACAAUUUCGUUUGGAAGAAGAAUCAUUAGCAAAAUUAGAAUUAGAAUCAACGGUAGAAUUAUUGAAAAAAGAUGUUGAAAAUUUAAAACGUAAUGCUGUUUCGAAUAAUGAUUCAUCACAACAAAUUAGUAUAUCGACAAAUACUGAUACUACAUUAUUGCCUCGAAUUGAUGAAAAUUUGCUGGAAGAAUUUCGACAACGACAAAAACUUUUGGAAGAAAAAGUUGAUGAUAAAGAGAAUGAAAUUUUUGCUUUACAAGAAGAAAUUACACGUAAAGAAGAAGCUAUAUUUCAGUUGGAAGCAUCGGCUGAAAAACGUAAAACAGAAUUGGAAAGUUUACGAGCCCGAUUACAAGAAAUAGAAUUGGAAUUGGAAAAAAAUCAACCACGUUCACAACGAUUACAGGAAACAGUAGAUGAAUUGAAUAAACGUGUACAACGAGCAGAAAAUGAAUGUCGUACAAUAAGACAAGAACGAGAUAAUCUUUUGGAUGAUAUAAAAAAUUAUGAAACAAAAAUGUUUGCAAUGGAAGAAAAAUUAAUUGAAGAAGUAAAACAAGUUAAAAUUACAAAUGAACAAACAACAUCGACUAAAAUUGCUUCACUUGAAUCGGAUUUGGAGAAGAAAAUUCGUCAAGAACGUCAAUUGGAAGAAAAAUUAAUCGAAACAAAAAGUCGUUAUGAAAAAUUUGAAAGUCAAGUCAAUUCAUUAGCCGAACAACUUCGAGAUUUACGUCGAACUUAUGAAGAAGAAUGUCGACGUCGUAAAACUGCUGAAGAAAAAAUUCAACAAUUAAAUAACCAUAAUCAAUCAUUACAAUCGAAAAUUGAUGAACUUAUUCACAAAAGUGGUUCAUCAUCGGAUAUGCUGUCCCGGUUGAAUGAAGAACUUGUUCAACGACAACAACAAUCAUCGAAAAAAGAAUCCGAAUUACGUUCGGAAAUUGAAUCAUUGCACAGACAAAAUCAAGAACGUGAAAUUGAAAUUAGAAAUCUAAAAGUUGAAAUUGAAAAUCAAAAAUCAUUACUCACAAGAUUCGAAACAAAAGAAUCUGAUGUAGAGAAAUUGAUACAAGCUAAUGUUAAUGAAUUGAAAUUAACCAGAAGUGAUAAUGAAGAAAAACAACGUCUUAUUGAUUCACUUAAAGUGCAGCUAAAAGAUGUUAGAGAUGAAUUACAACAAACUUAUGAACAGCAAGGUUCAUUGAAAGGUGAAUUAGAAACAAGAUUUACAAAAUCACAAAAAGAAUUGGCCGAAUCAAAACAAAAAAUUGUCACCUUAAACGAAGAAUUAUCUCGUUUGAAAAAUGUUUCGAAUGAAAUUGAAAAUGAACGUAACGGUUUUCAUAAUGAAAUUGAACGUUUAAAAUGUUCAUGUCGUGAACAUCAAUCAACGAUCGAAAAACUUGAUGAACAAUUGAAUGAAUCUAAACGAAAAUUUGAUGAUUAUCGAAAUUCUGUCGAAAAUCAAUUAUUAGAUUCACAACGACAAGAUUCGGAAAUAAUUUCAUCACUUCGUUUGGAUUUGGAUGAAUCAAGAAAACAUUGUCAAACAUUGGAUAGUGAAAAUCGUUUACUUCGUGAAGAAAAUGCUUCUUUAGCAGCUAAAGUUCGUGAACUACAAGAAGAUAUUGAAGGAAUGAAACAACGUCAUCAACAAGUUCUGAAUGAAUUUGAAUUUGAAUGUAAACAAAUGACAGAUCGUGCUCAGGAUGCUGAAUUAAGAGCUGAACAACAACAACAACAAUUAGAACAUUUACAAUCACAACAACAAAUGGCUGUUGAUGAAUUUCGUAAACAAGCUGAAUCAGAAAAACGUUUAAUGGAAUUAAAAUUAGAUCAAUUAGAGGCAAGAGUACGUGAACAACAUGAAUUGGUCGUUCAACAACAACAACAAUCUGAUCGAAGAAGUCGUCAAAAUUCAAUGUCCGUUGAUGAAACAUCAUAUGAACAACAAAUUGAUUUUCUUAAUUCGGUUAUUGUUGAUAUGCAAAAGAAAAAUGAUGAACUUCGUAAUCGUGUACAGGUUUUGGAAGAAAUUGGUUUAGGAGAAUUUGAAAAUUCAUUUCAAGCACAAGUGGAAACUACACGUAGUAGUAAUGGCCUUACAAAUGGUCAUAUACGAACAUUAAGAAAAUAUUGUGAUAUUUGUGAAAUAUUUGAUUCACAUGAAACCGAAGAUUGUCCACAACAAUCAUCAUCAAGUCCGUUGAUUAUGGUCAACGGUGUUGGACAAGAACCAGGUCAUACUUAUAAUGCAGUGAAUCGUACACAACAACGAUCAUAUUGUAUGACAUGUGAAAAAUUUGGUCAUGAAUCUGAACAAUGUCCAGAAAAUGAAACAUUUUAAAUUAUUUUAUUUUGUUCAACUUUUAUAAUAAUCUCUUUUUGCAAUCAACUACGACUAUCUUACUACCUUAUUUCAUUCCCUGUUGUUAGUUUCUUUUUCUUUUUUUGUUUGUUCAAAAUUUAUUUAUUCACAAGUAUUUAUCUAUAAAAAAAAUCAUUUUUUUCA